GCGUACGGGUUUAGAUAUUACCAAUUCUACAACUCUCUGUGAUUGUUCGUUAUUUGGAAAUUGGAGCGUUCGUUCGAAUCGACUGUGAGUCGGUGACCGACUCUUUGUACACUCGUCGGAGAGCGAAUUCCUAGCCGACAACAAUGGCGGUCUCGUGUCAAAUUCUCAAAUCGACGAUCAAACCUCACUCACGUUCCUUCGUGCUCUAUGAGAUGAGGCUUUUCACUUGUUGAUCUGAUCCACUUCUUCUGAUAUCUGCAUAUAUAUAUAUAUACAUAUACACAUAUAUAGGGUAAGACAUGAAGGCAGACAGCCAUAGCAACCAGACUCAGAGAGUUGCCUUCGCCGGCCUCUUGGUGCUCCUCCUCCCAAUCUUUUCCCCCAAUCUCUUCGAUCCCUUGGGCCGCGCUUCUCCUUCCAUGUUCUCCGAAUGGAAUGCUCCAAAGCCUAUGCACUUGCAUCUAUUACAGAGUGCUUUACAACGCCAAACUUCUGACAGACAACAAUCCGAGCUCUGGUCUCCCCUGGCCAACCAAGGAUGGAAACCAUGUAUUGACUCUACAAAUAUCCCUUCAUUGCCAAAGAAAUCUCGGGGGUAUAUCCAAGUGUUUCUUGAUGGAGGCUUGAACCAACAGAGAAUGGGGAUUUGUGAUGCAGUUGCUGUUGCUAAAAUUUUAAAUGCUACACUCGUGAUCCCACACUUUGAAGUGAAUCCUGUUUGGAAAGAUUCAAGUCCAUUCAGUGAAAUAUUUGAUGUGGAUCGCUUUAUUAAUGUCCUGGAUGAUGAAGUUUCCAUAGUGAAAGAGCUUCCUAGCAAAUAUUCUUGGAGCACCAGGGAGUAUUAUGGUACAGGAAUACGAGCCACUAGAAUUAAAACAGCUCCUGUCCAUGCAUCGGCUAAUUGGUACCUGGAAAAUGUGUUGCCCGUAUUGCAGAGCUAUGGGAUUGCUGCUAUAGCUCCAUUCUCUCACCGUUUGGCAUUUGACGACCUAUCUUCAGACAUCCAGCACCUACGGUGUAAAGUCAACUUUCAAGCACUGGUUUUUGUUCCACACAUCAAAUUGCUGGGGGAUAUCCUCAUCAAUCGCCUUCGGAAUCCUAGUAAGAGCAGAGUAGGUGGAGCCAAUUACCUUGAGAAAAGAUUAGAUGUUAUUGACAAACAAGGAGCUGGAAAGUUUGUUGUGUUACAUCUUCGCUUUGAUAAGGAUAUGGCUUCCCAUUCAGCCUGUGAAUUUGGUGGGGGUAAAGCUGAAAGAUUGGCUCUUGCAAAAUACCGCAAGGUGAUUUGGCAGGGAAGAGUCCUCAAUGCUCAGUACACUGAUGAGGAAUUGAGAAAUCAGGGCCGUUGCCCACUCACUCCCGAAGAGAUUGGACUGCUAUUGGCAGCUUUGGGCUUCAACAACAAUACCAGCCUUUAUCUUGCUUCCCAUAAGGUUUAUGGUGGAGAAGCAAGGAUCUCUACUUUGCGCAAAUUGUUUCCACUAAUGGAGGAUAAGAAAAGUCUCACUACCACGGAGGAGCGGUCCAAGGUUGAAGGAAAGGCUUCUUUAUUAGCUGCUGUAGAUUAUUAUGUGAGCAUGCAGAGCGACAUCUUCAUCUCAGCUUCUCCAGGCAAUAUGCACAAUGCAAUGCUAGGAUAUCGAGCAUACAAGAACUUGAAGACCAUUAGACCAAACAUGGUGCUAUUGGGCAAGGUCUUCCUCAAUAACAGCAUUGAGUGGCCAGAGUUCCAGCGAUUGGUACAGGGUGGGCAUAAGAGCAGACAAGGGCAAAUCAGGUUAAGAAAGGAGACACAGUCCAUUUAUACAUAUCCCGCUCGUGAUUGCAUGUGUCAAGCUUAAAUCAUAUAAUCCUGAAUUUGUGUGAGUGACUUUUCAUAGCAUUAGGGUUUGCAAUCUAUCUAUUCUUUUUUUGUUGCCGGUACAGUUAAACAAUAUUCGAAUAUUAUGUUCUUCAUUUAUGGAAUGGAUGUUCACUCAUCA